GUUGGUUAGUUACAUAUAAUAUAUAAUAUAGGUUAACUAUUAUUUUACGUUAUUAUGGCUGCGGGAAGGUGGGAUUCGGAAACAACUAUGAAAUUCAUCAAAGAAUUGAAAUCCUACGAAUGUUUAUGGAACCCAAAAACAGUUUUGUAUAAAAAUAAACUCGCUAGACAUGCCGCUUAUCAGAAAAUAGUCAAAAAGAUAAACAUUUCUGGAUUCGGAGUGCCUGAGGCAAUAAAGAAAAUGCAAUCACUCAGGUCAACCUAUUAUCAGGAAAAGACAAAGAUUCAAAAUUCAAUGCGAUCAGGUCUAGGACGUGAUGCUAUAUAUAUACCAAAUAUGAAUUGGUACAAAGAAAUGGAUAGUUUGUUGAGUGAUAUAAAUGAAAGUCGCAUAUCUCUAGAAAAUGAUAAGGAUGAUAAGGAAUCAACAAGCAGCGAGCAAGACAACAUUGUGCCUUCUUCUUUAGAGAUUCAAUAUAUCUCAAUACCAAAGAAGGAACCAAGUGAAAGUACACAGCCUCCAGUUACAAACGAAUCACGGCAGAAAAAAUUCCACUCGAGUGGAGAGCACAAAUACUUACAAGAAGCGGUCAAUAGAGAUCUCCCUAUAGAAGACAGAUUUGAUAUUUUUGCAAAGAGCGUUGCAGUACAGUUACGAGAAUUAUCCUUAGAGAGAAGUAUGGUUGCUCAAACAAGAAUACAGAAUAUUUUGAGUGAGCUCGCGAUCGAAAACUAUAAUAUGUCGGCUUCCAAUGAAACCGAUAACCUCAUCAUCUAAAUCGAGCGAGAUUCCAACAGUGUUCUAUUCCUUUUUUGUCUGACCCCAAUUUUUUAAUGUUUAUUUAUGUAGGUACAAAUGGCAAUAGAGUGAAGUGACUGCUUGUCGCGAAUUCCUCGAGUCCGUUUUUAAACUUUUAUUAAAAUGACUCCUACUACUUUUUCCCUACCCUACUACAUAAUAUAUUAAUAUUGUUAUAGGGUGGAAUCAAUAUUUUUUUAAUAUUUCAGAUUUUGAGACUUUCUGAUAUAGCUUUUAUUGUGACGUGGUACAUAAUUAACAAACACGUAGUUAUGACAAUAAUGCUUGAAAUUUAGUCCAAUUACUAAGAAAUUAAUCGGAGUUAUACACUUGUGUGAUUUUAAUGAAGAAAAAUUGUUAUUUUCUUUGAUAGGCCGGGAGACACUGACACAAAAUAUUCAAUAUUUUGUAUCAGUAUCUCCCAGCCUAUGAUACUGAUGUAACUUUAUUAGUGUGAUAAAUUCUUAGCUAGGUAUUAAAGACAUAAGGUUGAAAUAAAAACACAAUUAAAACUUC